GAAAAAACAAAAGGUCAGGGUUGCAACUCAGUGGUGAAUAUCUUGGAAUUGCUCCAAACAGAAAAAGAAAGCAGGUGUUGGUACCGUACCUCUGCCAAGCAACCUCCCUAGCCCACAAGUUUUCAGUCUACAGGUACCUGCUGAGCAUCCGUGAAGUGCCCAGGACUGGGCUGGCCCCCAAGACUGACAGAAAUCCACCCGGCCUCCUCUACUCCAGUGUGAGGACAAAAGUUAAGACAAGAACCAUUCAACACAUAAAUACAAGAUGUAUGAGGAAGGCAAGUCUUAGCCAAAACAGGCCCCUGGUCCAGCCUGAGGGGCUGCCUGAGAAGGGGUGCUGGGCCCAGAGAUCCAGAGGCCCAGGAGGGAGGACCAGGGAAGGGGAGAGGCACAGGAACUGCGCCAGCAGGAGCAGAUGCAAUGAUCCUGGGCUCAAGAGGCGGGGGUAAAUGGUGAAAUCAAAGAAGUGGAGAGGGAUCAGACCAGGCCACACAGGCAUUGGGUGCCCCGAAGGCAGGUUCUUCAGAGGCUGGGGCUGAAAUGGGGAUGGCCCGAGCCAGAGACGGGCAGGUGGUGUUUGGAGACAGAGUCCCACCCAUGGGCUGCUUAGGACCACAUUUGGCCUCCUGGUCUCUGGCCAUCUUCUGGGUGUCCUGUCUUCAGGCCCUUGGCUGCACCUAAGUGUCUCUGCCCACCCCUGGAGUCCUUGGUAGGAUUUCUUUCUCAGAUCCCCAAUCUCAUUAGUGUGUGUCAGAGAGGAGAGUCAUAAUCCGUUCAAAGGCAGCAGGAUAAAUGGCUGGACCAGCACCCUGCUGACCCAGGUUCAGCCCCUGGCACCUGCGGCUCCCUGAGACCUGACCAACACUUGGUGAGUACUGACUAACACAGUUGCCUUUCCCGGCAGCCAGGCAUCUGCCCAUCUGCCCUGGGGUGGGGAGAGAUGAUGGGCCUUCACCCCCAAGGCUGAGUUCUGUGUCUUCAGGAGUCCAUCCCCACCCUGUCCUUCAGAGAGGAAGCCUACCAGUGUCGAAUGGUGGUGCCAGUGUUCCUAAGACCAGUGAUGGCCUGGGAGCCUGGGGCCCCAAGUGACCAGCCAGCUGACUGGCACCAGCCCCCGACUAAGCCGGGCUAGGACAACUCAGGAGCCUCACCAUGAACCUGGAGCUACCCAAGGCGGAGAUCCGACCAGCUACCAGGGUGGUUGGAGGACCCGUCACUCCCAGGAAAGGACCACCCAGAUUUAAGCAGCGGCAAACCAGGCAGUUCAAAAGCAAGCCCCCCAAGAAGGGCGUCCAAGGGUUUGGGGAUGACAUCCCUGGAAUGGAAGGCUUGGGAACAGACAUCACAGUCAUCUGCCCCUGGGAAGCCUUCAACCACCUGGAGCUUCACGAGCUGGCCCAGUACGGCAUCAUCUAGCCAGACCCUCUGGGGUCCUGGACCCUCCCCUUGCCCACUGUGAGCUCUGCUCAACAUCCCGCCAGGGGCCCCAGCACAGCUGGCCCCUGACCUCUGAGGGCGGGUGAUCUUCGGCCCUGGAUGGUAGUUGCCAGGAGCACACCACCUACCCCAAGAUACCCUGCUGACCUCCUGGAGACCCUGGCCCACCCCCUCAGGUCUGCAGGGAGAGGGGAGGUGGGCUCCGGCCCCAAGCCUUCCCCUCCUCAUGGCUGGAACAGAGGGAGACCAGGAGCGUCCCCCACUCCCAGCCCCUGUGCUGCUCCCCUCAGCUACUCCAGCUGGACCAGGGGUUGGCCAUGGUGGGUGUUGAGAAUCCUGCCGUGCAGUGAAUGAGGCCCUUCAUCAUCAGCCUUUCCAACGUGGCCCACCCUUC